CGUUCAUCUGAGUAGAAAUAAUAAGCAUCGUAAGCGAGUUGGGUUAAAGAAAUACGCAGUCAAGUUCUAGUUAAGGGAUUUUAGUAAUUCAUGAAAUUCUCAAUAUGUUGAAAUAUGCAAUUUAAAAUCCAUUUUUUCCAAAUAUAAAAUAUUUGUACAAUAUUUAGAUACAUUUUGGCGAGCAGUUUGAGAAAGGGCUACAGAAUACAGUGUAGGCUAUAUAUGUAAGUCAGCAUAAUAUGCAUUAACUAAUAAAAUAUAAAAGUAUGAUGUUAUUGUAUUUUGUGUAUUACCCAGUUAGAGUAAAACGUUUUACAAGUACAGUAUUAAGGUGCCAAGCACAAUGAAAAUACAUUCUGUGGUCGCUUGUGACGAUAACUGGGGGAUUGCCAAAAACGGAACCUUGCCGUGGAAAUUACCACGGGAAUACAAGCAUUUCAAUGACUUCACUUCAGCAUGUUCCGAAAAAACAAAGAAAAAUGCUGUAGUUACGGGGAGAUCAAAUUGGAAAUCAAGAGCACCAGAUGGCUCGACUCUUCCUUUGGCUAAUAGACACAACUUUAUUUUAAGCACUUCUAUGAAGACUACACCCGAGGGAUCGGAUGGCGUUGCUGGUUCGUUGAAAGAGUUUAUUGAUCUAGUGGAAAGUGAUGAAUGGUCACAAAAAAUUCACAGAGUAUUCAACAUUGGCGGAUCACAAAUUUAUAAGUGCAUUCAAGAUUCCGAUUAUUGUGGGAGAUGUUAUGUUACUAAGAUAAAAGCAAAUUUUGACUGUGACUUGUUCAUCUGCAACCUGGAUGAAGAUGAAAACUUUCGUCGCGUUGAGAGGUUAACACUUACAUCGGAGGAAUGGGAGAAAAUUAUCCCCGUUGGAAUUCAAUAUGAAAAUGGCUUCGAGUGGGAAGUGUUAAUAUACGAGAAAAUCCAGAAAUCACGUCAAUAAAAACAGCUUAAUUUUUAGGGGUUAUUGUUUUUAUUGGAGUACCUUUCUUGCCGACUUGACAAUUAAAUAGACUGACAGAUAAAUUGCAUCGCAAAUUUAAUGUGGCACUAAAUAAAAAUAUCUAAUAUUCAGA